ACAUCAAAUGUAACACUACUGGUCUUAUAAAUUAAUCUGAAUGAUCCAGUGUCCCCUAAUUAUUGCUCAAUUAUAAAAUAUAAUUCACUGAUGUCAACUCAAUUAGUUAGGAAAAAUACGCAUACAUAUAUUAAAACCAACAAGUGACAAAGCGUUUACGAUUUUUACUUUUAUUUUUGUAAAGCUUCUGGAAACACAGCGGAGACUUUACCUCACAAAUAUUUGUCAUUGUGUCGUGAUUCAAUUUACGGGGCAAGGUUCAUCAACAUUAACAACGUGUUCUAAACUUGUAGCUUGACCCUGAAUAGGAUAUGGAGAAAAGUGGACUGUUGUUGUUGGACUCUGACAUAUUGCAUGGUCAAAAAUAAAUAUACAAAAUUUAAUAUCGAAAUCCAAAGUGCUAAGAUAAUCUCAAGCGUAUUAGUCAUUUCUUUAAACGUGUGGUAGGUACUGCAAGCACAGUAAGUGUGAUGUGUAUAGUUCAACUUAACCACCACGUAGCCACGCCAUGAUUCAUGUUCUAAAGUCAAACAUCUGAAAUCUUACUGGAUCAUGUGAAUGUGAACUUGAUUAAUUAAUUGUGACUUGGAUCAGUAGUCAUUAGACCGUGUUCUAAAUAACUUUAAAAUUAAAGUUCAAAUUUCAUAUAAAGAGAAACCACAAUUUUUUUAUUUUCAAAAAUGACAACAUGUCUGGAUACUUUGACAUUUUACUUUUUAUCGGCAAUGUACAGUAUUCAGUAUUUAUUUUUACACCUCAUAAAUCUCAUCUUACAUCCGGAUAGAUAUCGUUUGAGCAAAACGAUAGCAGUUCCCCCAAGGUGCCUUUCCAACGAUGAUUUCGGAACUCAUCAGUACGCAAAAUUAUCACGGUACAAGUUCCACUACGUGGAGAAAGGCGAUAGAAACAACAGGCUGCUCUUGCUCAUUCAUGGAUAUCCAGAGUUUUGGUACAGUUGGCGUUUCCAGCUUCGCAAUUUGUCCUCCUACUACUGGGUGGUAGCGAUCGAUAUGAAGGGGUUUGGAGACACAGACAAGCCUUCUGCAAGAUCAGAAUAUGACAUUCCGCUUCUAGUGACUGAAAUGUACGAUUUUCUCACUGCAAUUGGACGAAAGAAAUGUUCAAUAGUAACUCACGGGAUGGGCGGUCUCCUGGGCUGGUUUUUUGUCAAUAAAUUCCCUGAUGUCGUAGAGAAUUUCGUCUCAAUUGCGAGUGCCCAUCCAUACUCUUUUCUUCAAGAACUGUCUCUCAAACGGGUCUCCAAUGCAAGUUGGUACUAUUUUUGCCAACUACCAUACUUCCCGGAAAGAGAAGAAAUGAAGCAGGAUUUGGUAAUUUUUGACAAAAUGUUUACCCGGAUGUUAAACAGCAAGAGAGGAAACCUAACUGAACAGGAUGUGGAAGCCUUCAAGUACACUUUCUCUCGCAUUGAGGACUGGGUCGGCCCAAUGAACUACGUUCGGACGCUUCUAAAAAGAAAAUUUCUUGGCAAGAAUCGGUCUCUAAAGAAAACAUCGGUGCCCACAUUGUUCAUUGUUGGAAAUGCGGACCCUUAUUGUAGUCUGGAGAUGAUUUGCAAGUCUUCCGAAUACGUGGAGAAUUUUACUCUCAAAAUAGUCGAGGGUGGUGGGCACUUUCUUCCUCAAGAAAUGCCCAACUACAUCAACAGUCUCAUCCUGGAUUUCAUGAAGAUGCCUGAACCCUUAUUGCUGGGCAUGGACCCUGUGCAGGAAAGUGGAAUCUUUAAGAAAAUGAUUGGCGCAGGGAAAACCGUGGUGAACUACGGGAAUCAAGUAGGAAACAGAAUAAUCGGUUUGGACCACUUCGGUUGACACCAUUGACUCGGUAAAAAAAUAUUCAAAGAUACCAAAAAGAAUUUCCAAGAAGCCAUCCUUCCUUGACCGACCAAAAUGAUAUUAAGUAAACUGAUAUUAUGCCAAAAUGUGUGUCUAUCUGAAUCAGCAUGAAUAAGAUGUACCAAAGUUAAGCACCGGCGUGUUGGGUGUGUGUACUGUGUGAAAGCAAAUGAAUUAUGCAGAUUGUUCAAAUCCAUUUUAUUUUCAAUGUCAUUAGACGUAAUAAAUUUUAAAAUAUGAACCUCCAAA